GUCACCGUGCGCAUGCGCAUCUGGAGACGCUGGUGGGGGAAGCGUCCAAGAGAAACAGUCUCUUCUUUAACUCUUCUUGUGCCGGGCGCCGCCGAGCGGUUAGUGGUACUGGUGGCGCCUCCUGACGCUGCGGCUUCGGCCCGCCGUCACGUGGGCGUGCCGCCGCCGGGAGAGGGGCGGAGAGACCGCAGGGUGCUCUGUGGUGGCAGUGGCUGGCGAUGGCCCAGGCUCCCAUGGAGGAGGAGGAGUGCCCCGAGCUGGUUCCCAUAGAGGAUCAGGAGGUUGUGGGAGAAGAGGCUGAACUCAGCCACGGCACCAAGAUCCCAGUCACUAUCAUCACAGGUUAUUUAGGUGCUGGGAAGACAACUCUUCUUAACUAUAUUUUAACAGAACAACAUAGCAAAAGAAUAGCAGUUAUUCUAAAUGAGUUUGGAGAAGGAAGUGCCUUGGAAAAAUCCCUGGCUAUAAGUCAGGGUGGAGAACUCUAUGAAGAAUGGCUAGAGCUCAGAAAUGGUUGCCUGUGCUGUUCAGUAAAGGACAAUGGCUUGAAGGCUAUUGAGAACCUGAUGCAGAAGAAAGGAAAGUUUGACUACAUACUACUAGAAACCACUGGAUUGGCAGAUCCAGGCGCUGUGGCCUCCAUGUUUUGGGUUGAUGCUGAACUCGGAAGUGACAUAUAUCUUGAUGGUAUUGUGUCUGUUGUUGAUGCUAAGUAUGGAUUGCAGCAUUUGACAGAGGAAAAACCUGAUGGCCUUAUCAAUGAAGCAACUAGGCAGGUUGCACUAGCUGAUCUAAUAAUCAUCAAUAAAACAGAUUUGAUUUCACAAGAAGAACUGAAUAAAAUAAGAACAGCUGUCAGAUCAAUAAAUGGACUUGUCAAAAUUUUAGAAACUCAAAGAUCAAGAGUUGAUCUCUGUGAAGUUUUAGACCUGCAUGCUUUUGACAGCUUAUCUGGGAUAAGUUUGCAGAAGAAGCUGCAGCAUGUGCAAACUACACACCCACACCUAGAUAAGAGUAUUGUUACGAUUACAUUUGAAAUAUUAGGAAACAUAACUGAAGAAACUCUAAAUGAAUUUAUUCAGAAUCUUCUGUGGGAGAGGAGUGUGAAAGACAAGGCUGGUCGUCCCAUGGAGGUCAUAAGACUCAAGGGGUUGGUAUCUAUUAAAGACAAAUCCCACCAGGUGAUUGUCCAAGGUGUCCAUGAACUGUAUGAUCUAGAAGACACCAUGGUAAGCUGGAAAGAGGAUGAUGAAAGAACAAACAGAUUGGUUCUAAUAGGGAGGAACUUGGAUAAGGAUAUCCUUAAACAAGUAUUUAUAGCUACCAUGACAGAAACAGGAAAACAGUUGACAUCACACCACAAAGAAGAAGAAAUAUCUGUCCUUAACACUGAAAACUUUUAUAAUAAUGGAUGACGUGCAGUACAGUAGCUUCAUUUUGCUCUUGCAAUUUAUACAAUUGUUAAACUCUGAAUUUGACAUUACUCCUGUUACGAAUUCCAAAUCAUCUGUUGUUUAAAUAUUUGCAUUUAUGUUACAGAAUAAAAUAGAGUAAAAUCGUGUUUCUAAAA